CCACGCCUCGCGAGACUUGGCGCUAUAACCCCCGGCGAGACUCACGUGGCCGCCUCUCUCUCUCUUUUUUGCCUCUCGCCCAAGAUGGCGCCGAAAGUCAAGAAGGAGGCCGUCCCGGCUAAGACUGAGGCGAAAUCCAAAGCGCUUAAAGCGAAAAAGGCCGUCUUGAAAGGCGUCCACAGUCACAAAAAGAAGAAGAUCCGGACAUCCCCCACCUUCCGAAGGCCGAAAACCCUGAGGCUAAGGAGGCAGCCAAAGUACCCUCGGAAGAGCGCCCCACGGAGGAACAAGCUGGACCAUUAUGCCAUCAUCAAAUUCCCCCUGACCACCGAAUCGGCCAUGAAGAAGAUCGAAGACAACAACACUCUGGUCUUCAUUGUGGACGUGAAAGCCAACAAGCACCAGAUCAAACAGGCUGUGAAAAAGCUCUACGACAUUGACGUGGCAAAGGUCAACACCCUGAUCAGGCCCGAUGGUGAGAAAAAGGCCUACGUCCGCCUCGCUCCAGAUUACGACGCCCUAGAUGUCGCCAACAAGAUUGGGAUCAUCUAAAGGCCACGUCGGGUCACGAUUGUACAGAACGCCAGCUAUUACACCAAUGGACCUGCUGAAGGGUGCAAAUAUAUUUGUGCGAGAUUUUCACAAUUAAAAAAGAUAAUACUUU